CUAAAUUAGUUCCUAGGUAGAUCACGCCUUCUGUGCUUAAUUGAUAUUGUCUACCAGUGAGAGUCCUUUUAGCGUCCUGUAACCUCCCCGCGGUUAUCAUAGUAAAUAACCUUACCGGUUUUCUACCUUUGACAAUUGUAUUGAUAAUGAUUGAAAGUUUUAUUAAAUAAAUAAUUACAGACAAAUUUACGAUGUUGCCUAGCAUGCCUCUUCUAUUUUCUAACUCCCAACAGGAGGAAAUAAAAAAGGAUUCCAACACCACAGCUGCCAACACACCCCCAGAGAACGAAGCAGAAAUUAAGCCUCCGAUGCAAAUCCAAGAGGCGGUGCAAAAGUUGACGGUAAAGAAAAACAAUUCUCCAACACGCAUUAGAGAGUUAGCAUCUGAUAUGACUUAUGAAACCCUCCCUGGGGGUGAAAAGGAAUGUGAAGACGAACUUGUUCUGUUGGCUGAAAACUCUCCAUGUAGCGAGAAGCGAAAAAUGGUGCAGAAUCAGGUCAAAAAGAAAAAAAGGCUGGAAUGCAGUAACGAAUCGUCUGAUGAGAAGGGACCUUCUCAUGAUGGCAAUCAUUAUGCCGAGGCCUAUUUUAUGAAGGCAAAAUCUACUCUCGAUGAGGGGACUUUUCAACAGUUCAUCACGGUUUUAAGCGAAGCCGUCGAUGAACCGGGGGCUGCAGUGGCCUUGUACAAUAAAAUGACAGAAAUAUUAGUAAACUACCCUCAACUCCUUGACGAUUUCAUCGGAUUCCUCCGUCCGCACCAGGCGAAAGAGUGCGGAAAGCUUAUGGACCUGCAGUAUUUUGAAAAAUGCUGGUCUUUUUUCAAAAAAUUAGAUGCACACCAUGGCAACCGAUUUCACAAUGCACUGGAACAACAGGUUUCAAACAAUGUGAACUCAUCAGAGACAAUCAAAGCAAGUAUUUUGCCCAUUUUUAAAGGCAGUCCACAUCUUUCUGAAGCGUUUCUUCACCUUUUACCAGAUGAAAAGCCUCCUCCUAGUUCAAAAGAAGAUUUUGAAGACAUAAGCGAGGUUUCCGUGGAAGAGAGCGGCUGGGAAAGGAUCAGGAUACCUGAACACCCUGACCGGGGCUGCCAGCAGAAUUGCAACUGCAAAUGCCAUACAUCUGAUCCCAAAUUAUUCUGCCUGUCCUGCAAUCUCAAAUUUCUCAAUGGCCAAAUAUACAUUCGUGAUGGCAAAGUACUAAGGUUUGCAAGAAUCAGCUUCGGUGAAACUCCACUCGAGGAGAUGCUCCAAAAACUUCAUCCAGCAUUAUACAGCAAGAGGAGGGAAAAGAGAAGAACAUCAAAAUCUGUCAGCGCACCAAAUAAAGAAGUUCUUUGUGAGGAUGAAAAUGCAGUUCAAACUAAAGAAGACCUCCAACCCGCAUCCUCCCCGGAUAGAUGUGACAAAACGGAGGAAGAAGAUGAUUACUGGGAAGAAGAUGAUGUCUCUAGUGGAGACAAGUCUUCCAUAGGGGAUCCUUUUGACGGUUCGUUUGAAGAUCCCGACACCUGUGAUAGCACAAGGUUCCUCGGUCAACUGCAGCCUGUCAGCCCAAUUUACAGUCUUGUAGACGAGGAAAGUCAAAAAGGGAAGUCUGAAAUCCUGAAAAUUUUAGAUAAUAAUGAACCAAGUCCAAAACAAGAGAUAACUCAAGUAAAGACUGAAACUGAACAUACAAGUUCAGAUAUAGAAACAAUAGUUCAAAUAAAUAACAUCCAAGAUGAAGGGAAAGAUGAAACCAAAGAAAUCACGAUCGAAGUUAAACCGAAGGAAGAAGAGGUUAAGGAGAAGAGGGUUUGGACGAGAGAAGAAGACAAAAUGAUACUUCAGACUUUCCAAAAAGAACUAGGGACCGAGCAGACAUUCUCAAAAAUAAGCAACUUAAUGCCAUCCAGGAGUGUAAACGAUAUUCAAGGAAGAUUUCAAGUUUUAAUGAACCUUCUGGAAAAAGUUGCAAGCGGUUCCCAUGACGCUUACCCCGCAUAAAGGUUUCAAAUUAUUACCAGUAUCGUCCAGCCCUUGGCCCCGUUUUAAGUAUUUUAUCUCAUAAUCGAUUCGAUCAAUUUUGUGGCUGUGUUAUUGUACAAAUUAAUGUUUUAUUAUUUAAUAAUUACAUUUGUUAAUGAAUUUUCUCUCCACGAUCUCUCAUUAAAAAAUUUUGAUGUUAA